AUGUCGAACCAAGAGGAGCUGCAGCGACAGCUGCGAGAGAUACAACUUCAACGUCAAUUGGAGAUGCGACGCCAUGCCAUACCACGCUUUGGCCCCGCUGUUGACGGCGUGCUUUGGAGCCGAGUUCCUCCCGAAGAAGACGCUGACAAAACCCCGCAAGGACGGAUUCUCAGCAUCCUCGAGCUCCCGUUGAAGCCCGGCGUUGACAUGCACAAUGACUCCGGUUCCAACCCGUCCCGGAAGCUCUGGGACGCCGCCUUGCGUUACAUCAGCUCCAUUCCUGGCUGCUGCGCUGUUGAGUGGGCACAAGGUCUGGAGGAUCCUCCCGUCACAUUGCUGUGCAUGAUUCAGUGGGAUAGCACGGUCGCGUGGCGGAGGUUCCAGCAUUCCCUCGGCUUCACCCCUCUUAUUGCGCUGCUUCAUUCGGACGUUUCCAACCGCUGCGCAAAACUCGACGUCUCGGGUACGCCAAGGCUUGCAGACGCCGAAGUCGGAACCACCAUUGUUGAUGUUGUAUCCGUCACAUUCCCCACCGGCGAUGGGUGGUCACCGGACGGUCGGUUAGCUUUCGAAGAGAGCUGGAACGCGCUUGUCGCUUUGGUGACCAAUGGGCCUGACGGCCCUCGACACUCCUUUGCCGUAUGGCUCGAGAGCAACGCGUCGACAUUCUUCGACCCAACGCCGGCUGAAUCUGCCGCCUCGACCAAGACGGCCACUUUCACCGCCUUUCUUGCCUGGGAUAGAACACACUACGGUAGCCAUCGGGUCGACAGCCUAUGUGACAGCCUACGAGCUUCCCUGCUAGCUUCGUACGGCGAUGGGCCAAGCCUCUCAAGGAGGGCGGCCCAACUCAUCAGCCAGGUCCAACCAGAAGACCACGAUCCACGGCGACAGCCAGCCGCGCCGCCCAAUAGCUUGCCUGAUAUCCUGGAAGCGGGCUUUCCAAGACGAUGUAGCGCCGACCUUGCCAACCUUAGAGAGCAUACAGCCCAAGAGCUCGCCCGCAGCAUCAGCGAUGCACGGGCGAGAACACGACUGUUCCCGGCUCCACAGGGCUUCUUCAUAUCCCAAGGCGAGCUCUACGACGGCAACAUGCCCGUGAUCCCAGAAUGGCGGAGCAUGCGGGGGCCGGUCCAUGGUUAUCACCUCGUAGACGUUGUGUGGAUGCAACUCAAAGGCCGUGACUCGGCGAUCCAGGGUCGUCGCAUAUACAACCAGCUCGAUAACGAGAUCAGCGCCUUGCCGGGCUUUGUCAAAACCUUCUUGGCUCAUGAUGUGGAGAACAAGGCAAAAGUGGCCGUGCUGACCGUAUGGGAGGAUCAAGAUGCGCGAGCCACCGCCUUACCCGAGUAUCGUCGGAUCUUGGACGAGUUCGCCGGAUCAUCAGUCCACGUAGCGGCGCCGUUAACACAUCAGGCUUUCCCUAUGGCCCGAGAUCCUGGCCCCGGGGGUCUAAGGCUUAACCAAGUAAACUACCUCGAGUUAACCUCGUUCCACGUUCCAACGGGCGCUGUUGAACGAAAGCUUUUCGAGCACGCCUAUGGCGCCUUCGCCCGUAUGACGGAGCCUUCGGUCGUAGCAGGAAUCCCCAAGGCGUGCAUAGUCAGCGAUGCAGGGGGCUGGCAGCCUGCCGAAGAAGCUGGGGGUUCGGACCUCCAGCUCUUUACGGGAGUGCUGACUUGGGUGAGCCCGGCUGCGAGACAUGAGUGGUAUGAGGAGCUGUUCAGGCUCUCUCGCGGGUCCUAUGAGCUGUUCGGUCAUAGGCUCGAUGCCUUGAAAAUACUGGCUGCAGGAGGAGUCACGACACGGUUUCUGGAGUUACAGAUAUAA